AUGAAUGGGAUCCGUGUGGUUCAUCAAGACAUUCUCAAGUUCAACGACUCACAAGGAUUGACUAAUAUCGUGUCUUUUAUCAAGAAUAAGGUAGGUUUUCGAGGGUUUUUGGAUUGGAAAUGAACUUUUUAAACAUUUUUUGGUAUGAAAAAUGAUAUAAAAGGGUAUUUCAUAGCCUUAAAGUGGUAGUUAGAGACUUUUUAAGGCAAAAAAUGUUGUUGUCAAUAACAAAUGUGGCUUUUGCCAAGCUUUUUUAGGGUUUAAAUAAGGUUUUUGGCUCUAAAUCUAAAGUAAUAUAAGCUCUUCUAGCUCCAAAAUCUUCUGUUUUUACCUUAAAAACACCUAAAAAGUGGUAAAACUUGCUAUAGUUAAUAUAAAAUAUUUAUUAUUAUGUUGUUCAAAUAAUUCUGAGCCUCUUUCAAAGCAAAUUUUUAAAUUUGGGAGGCACAGAUUUAUAUGAAUAACCCAAUACUUUGAUGUUUCUUAUAACGAAAGUAUGGUAUAGUUUUAGUUUUUUAGGUUGUUCAAAUAAUUCUGUGCUCUCUUUCAUAACAAAGUUAGGGGCGCAGAAUUAUAUGAACAACCUUUUAUUUUAUUUUUGGGGUUAUAAAGUCAGGUUAAAGUUUAAAAUAAAGAUAUUUCGCUUGUCAUAAGAAUGACGAAGAUGAGUCAAAACAAGAAUGAUGGGUAAUGACGUGGUUUUUAGCGGAAAUUGGCGGUUAAAGUUAAUUGAACAACAAGGUUAGUCUAAAAAAGUCAUAGCUAACAACUGUAAAAGUUAGGGAAUAGUGAGAAUAGUAAAAGUAAUACACUUUGGGAAACUAUUUUUUUGAAAAUUAUAAAAAUAAAAGAGACUUGUUUUGAUGUUGUUAUUUUCGUAUGUUUAGUAAUACAACAAUACGAUUACAAGAGUCCUAUAUUGUGUUAUGUACACUAUUUGAACAAAGAAAAUAAUUCUUUUUUUUGCUGUGAUAAAUGAUGACUAAACAACAAAAAACUUGGAUUAUGCAACAACUACAAUACAGAAUUUAAAUUUUGUUAAAGGUUUACUUAAAAAAAGGCCCGACACAUUUCUACUGUAGGCAUAGUGAUCUGUAUGUACUGUACGGAGAUAUAAACAAGCCUGUCUUAAAAAAAUUUUGUUAAAAACCGCGUUAUUACAACCAUCACAAAAGUGCUGUACAGAAAACAUAAAUCUUUAAUUUUUUGUAAAAUACGACUAAAUUAACUUUUUCAGCGCAAAUUCAGUGAACAUGGUUACAAAUGUGGAGAAGUUUAUGUCAUGCCUCCGUUCAAUGGUGAAUGUGUAGUGCUAUGUGUUCAUGGUCAAGUGCCAUUUCUGGAAGUGUAUGCUCGAAAGAUAGAUGUGGAGAAACAUGAACCAAUAAGAUUGAUUGACCUUCUUGAUACUGAUGUUCAUAUUGUGGAUUCUUGUACUUUUGAAUUGAAGAAAGUUGGUCAGAAAAGGUGGAAGUUGAGGGCUGAGAACAGGUAAGUAGGAUUUUAUUAUCAUUGACAGUAUGACUUUUUUGGGCAUUUGGAGAUAUGUACGGAGAUGGCAGUUAUUGUUGUAGGUAUGACAAGAUAGGGAUAGGGUAGUGCACAAGCGGAGAUAUGGUUAAGUUGUGUUAUAGCUAGAGUACGGAGAUGAUAUAUAAGGCUAUUGUACGUAAGGCAGGUUUGGGGUGGGCAUGUAAAAGCAGGAAUAGGACAAGGAUAAAGCUUGGGUAAGGCUAUGUUAGUAAGUAGGGUAGAGCAGAUAUAUUUUAGGAUAGGAUAAGGUAGGGAGAAGAAAAGGCUUCCGUACGGGUGAGGUAGGGUCAGACAGAGUAAAGUAGGGUAGGGUAUAGGGUAAGGUAUGGUAUGGCAGGGUAUUAUAGGGUAUGAUAGGAAAUGAUAGGGUAGGCUGACUAAUAUGUCAUAUGCACAACCACUCUCUACCCCAUACUUUCUAAAUAAACACAGUUUUUCAGUUUAAAGCGUGACAAAUGGAUUGACUGUAUAAAAGAGAUACAAACGUCUUGUGAAUCAGAGUUGUGUUUCGAUGAUACAGAUACCCAAAUAGUCACACAGGACUUUAGGACACUCUUAUCACACAACUUAUCCCAAUCACAACAUAACCUAUCCUCACCAUCACUGACCUCCCCAUCUUCACCACCCAACUCAUCUACGUUACCACGAUCAUCAGCUCCAAGAGAACGAAGGGAUUCAGCUGAAUCUAACUUGUAUUCUGCUGAUCCAGUCAGGAAGUCUCAGCCAAUGCCAGUCCCUAGUAGUCCGCCCAUGUUGAUUCCAUCACGGUCUUUUAAUGAAGACUUCUUGAGGCAAAGUCCACGAUCUGUUAGUUCUGUGCGAAGUCUACCGGCUACUAGUUCUCCACGGACUGUUAGAAGUGAGUUACUGGUUUUGAAGUUGUUUUAGUCAAGGUUUAUAGAUUAUAUUGUAGUAGGUAAAUUAAGAUUAUAUUAUAGUAGAUAGGUCAAGAAAAUGUGAAAGAAGAUAAAUUUAUAUUAUAGUAGUCUGAUAAAAAAAUUGUUCUAGCUUUCAACUCACGUUAAAUUCACGUUUGUGUAAUUAAACCCCACUCUUUUCCGUUAAAUAUCUGUGAGCUAAAUUAGUUCAAAGUUGUUUUUUAAACGGCCGAAACGUUACUUUGAAAGCUUUAAAUAGAGUAAAAUUAGAAAAAGUUUAAACGUCCUCUUCUCUGGUCAUAAAAACCUUCUCGGAACAUUUUAACGUAUUUUGACAGUUUUUACGUCAAAUUCCUUAACCCAAUUUACUAUGGACGUGUUGUUUACGUAAGGACGUAGACUUGAAGUGAACAGUACAGUAAGGAAAGAAGGGGGGGGGGAGUAAAGGAAGGGGUAUAGGGGGGGGAGGGGUGAGGGACCGUCCUGGCGAGCUUUUUUUGAGGUUCGGUACGGCCCGGCGCGUCUAAUUUUUUUUUCUUUUUUUUCCGGCCCAGACCGGACUUUGUUUCACACCGGACGGUACGGGGAAAACACUGAUGGGGGGGGGGAGGGUAUUGUAGAACAUGUAAGGGAAAGGUCGAAGCUGGGGCUGGAACUGGUGUUUCGGUUAAAGCCGGGGUUUGUGCUGAAACUGGAGCUGAAGUUGGGGCUGGGUUGAGCUAGGGCUCUGGCUAGGGCUUUGGGUUAAGGCUCUGAGUUAGGGCUGUGAGCUAGGGAUGUGGACUGGUGCUCUAGGCUAGGGCUCUGAGAUAGGGCUGCGAGCUAGGGCUCUGGGCUAGGGCUAGAAUAAGAUAGAGCUCUGUAGCUUUAAAAAUGUAUUCAACUUUUAAACUUUGAUUUUUUCGACUGGUCAAGUAACUUUUUUUAAAUAUUUAAAUAUUUUCAUUUUUUAAAUUUAAAGACCCCAUACCCCUAAAAAAACCUCCGAUCUCUUCCCGUGUUGAUUAGAUUGGCCUAUAAAAUCGAAUUAAGCCUAAAUCGAAUCCCCUUUUUAGCCCGAAGAACAAUAUUGGACAUGCCUAUCAGUUCGCCCGGCCAUAGUACGACCACUUUAAAUAGUCCAUCCCAAGCCUUCAGUUGUCCACAAUCGCCAGCGCCAAACUUUGGUCGAUUUGAGUUCGGCAAGCCAAAGAAGUAUCCAUUGGACAAGCCUAUACCUUUGCCAAGUCUACCAGAGAUCCAUACUGAUAGUGGGGUCGAGAUGGUGGAGACCAGCAAUGAGGUGGGGGUUUUGUAAUGCUAGGGGGUGAUUUUGAAGGGUAACAAUGUUUUUUUUAUUGUAAAAUACGCCAUUCUGCAAAAAAAUUGCUUAUUUCACGUUUAAAAAAGUCUUGUCGUCAUUUCUCAUGCAAUUCAGUAGUAAAAAACGACGAAACUUUUUCAAAGCUUCAAUACUAUUAUGUAAUCACUAAACCGUUAUCAGCUACUUAUCUUAAUGUUAUUUCAGUUCAAAUCGAAUAGAAAUUCGAAUUCUUCGAAUUCGAAUCGAGAUUCUAUGAAUUCAAAAGGAUCAAAUCAAGAAAAUGAUCCAUCUGAAGUCAAGGGUGACAUUUAUGGAUACUACGGUUUACUGAAGUCACCUGGACUGAACAAUAAUCAAAUUUAUGACAAUACACUAUCAGAAAUUACUAAUGACAAUACGAAACAAGUCAAUUUAGUACUGUCAUUUUGUACUGAAAGCUUGAAGUUGGUCAAGGCUUUUGGGAAGAUAUGGUAAGUCUUACUUUGUCGUGCAUUACCGUACUGUACUCUAGCUUGCACUGCCUUGCUAUUCCUUGCCUUGCCCUUCCCUACUCUAGCUAACUUUGCCCUAUCCUACUCUACCCUUAUUACUUCAAAAACCCUUUUAGUUUUACAGUAGCCUUACCGUAGACCUUGUUCCAUCCCUACUCUAUUUUACUUCACCAAUUUUUAAAAUAAUUUAAAAUUUCAGGAUAGUAGGUUGGGAGACGAAGCUUCAGCGUAUGGUUGGAGGUACCCUUCAUUAUGGUGAUCAUCUUGUAGCUAUAAAUGGGAAACCAGUCAACUCAACUUCUGACCUGAUGGACCUUUUUCAUGGUUGUCCCGCUGGAAUUCCGGUAAGGCAUUUUUAAAUUUAUUAUUCAAAAUAUCCUUCCUAAUUUUUUUUUCAAAGUUUAACCCCUGUUGAUUUUCGGAAAAAAAAUUUUUGGAUUUUUUUGAACUUACCACACCCACCUUGCCUUACUUAUAGUGUUUGUACGUUUUAUAGUACAAAUAUGGUUUUCACUCUCAUUUUAAUUUCAAAAUUGAAUAAAAACACAAUGGAACUCCUUUAUAACGAAUUGCUCGAGGAUUUAAAAGUUGUUCAUUAUAAAGUAGUUUUGGCAUGAUGGAGUAGACAUGAGGAACGGGCCGGGCCUACAUGUUCAGGCCCAGCCUACCUUAAUUUGGGUCAAGACCGGCCCGUUCUUCAUGUUUCUGAUGGAGUUUUAAAUGCAUUGUGUAGAGUUAGCCGGGGAUUCAAAAGUCAUUCGUUAUACAGUACUCUCUCUAUAUAAGCAACCCGAAGGGCCCGACAUUUUGUGUUGACUAUAAGGGGUGUUGUCUUUACAGAGAGACUUUUUAGUGCAAAUUGACUUGGUGAGGCCAAAUUUCUUAUUUACUAUAAGAAGAGUUGCUUAUACAGAUGGUUCACUGUAUAGAGACCACUGUGCAAAGUUUUCUUUAUACAGGAUAUUUGUUAUACAGGGCUUCGUACUGUAAGCCUAAAAGACCAAUUUUUGAGCAUUCUCUAAACUUCCUUGUUUAUUUUUCUGUGAAAAACAUGAUUAUAUUACCACUUUUUGUCUCAUCUCUACAUAAUUAUAUUACUUUUUAGACUUAGCCAAGUUUUAAAAAGAGUAAUGUUCUUGGAUUUUUAACUAAAAAUUUUUUUUUUUCAUAAAAAAACUUAAAAAAUUGAUGUUAAUUUUUAAAAAAUAGUCAAAAAUUUCAAAAAUUGGUAAUAAAAUUAAGUGUUCUGCUCUACUCUACCCUAUCCAACCCUAAUAAUUGGGUCUCAAAAGCCAUUCAAUAACUACAAAAAUUUUUUAUAUCAGCUUGGAAAGCCCUAAAGAAAUUGAAAAAAAAAACCAGAAAAACCCCUUAAAUUUUAGAGAUUUCUAGUAUAAAAUCGAAAAAAAAAUUAAAAAACUAAAACUAAAAAAAUAUUUUCAGGUCCGUCUAACAAUCAGUCCAACGCCAUUUGGCCAAGCUUUCGUCCUCCGAAAACCAAACCGUGGCAAUCUGCCUUUAGGCAUUGAACUCUACAAAAAUAAGAAUCGAAUCGAGAUGAUCAAGCCAGGGUCAGUAGCUUCGAUGGCUGGAUUACCCGCUAAUACCAAGAGUUUUUUGAUUCCGGAAGAAGAGGUACCGUCGAUCAUUACUGAAGUUGAGCAUCAUCCGUUGGAUCCCAGUUCGAAGGAUUCUGAAGCGCUACAGAAGAUGAAUUCGAUACCUCCGGGGCAGGCUUUCACUGUCAUUAUUCAUCCCAGGGACUUUGUUAAGACUUUGAAGGCUCAGUCUAAUAGUGUAAAGUAA